GGCUGGCUCCCUGGCUGCGGCUCCUCAGUCGGCGGCGGCUGCUGCUGCCUGUGGCCCGGGCGGCUGGGAGAAGCGGAGUGUUGGUGAGUGACGCGGCGGAGGUGUAGUUUGACGCGGUGUGUUACGUGGGGGAGAGAAUAAAACUCCAGCGAGAUCCGGGCCGCGAACGAAAGCAGUGACGGAGGAGCUUGUACCACCGGUAACUAAAUGACCAUGGAAUCUGGAGCAGAGAACCAGCAGAGUGGAGAUGCAGCUGUAACAGAAGCUGAAAACCAACAAAUGACAGUUCAAGCCCAGCCACAGAUUGCCACAUUAGCCCAGGUAUCUAUGCCAGCAGCUCAUGCAACAUCAUCUGCUCCCACUGUAACAUUAGUACAACUGCCCAAUGGGCAGACAGUUCAAGUCCAUGGAGUUAUUCAGGCGGCCCAGCCAUCAGUUAUUCAGUCUCCACAAGUCCAAACAGUUCAGUCUUCCUGUAAGGACUUAAAAAGACUUUUCUCCGGAACACAGAUUUCAACUAUUGCAGAAAGUGAAGAUUCACAGGAGUCAGUGGAUAGUGUAACUGAUUCCCAAAAACGAAGGGAAAUUCUUUCAAGGAGGCCUUCCUACAGGAAAAUUUUGAAUGACUUAUCUUCUGAUGCACCAGGAGUGCCAAGGAUUGAAGAAGAGAAAUCUGAAGAGGAGACUUCAGCACCUGCUAUCACCACUGUAACGGUGCCAACUCCGAUUUACCAAACUAGCAGUGGACAGUAUAUUGCCAUUACCCAGGGAGGAGCAAUACAACUGGCUAACAAUGGUACCGAUGGGGUACAGGGCCUGCAAACAUUAACCAUGACCAAUGCAGCUGCCACUCAGCCGGGUACUACCAUUCUACAGUAUGCACAGACCACGGAUGGACAACAGAUCUUAGUGCCCAGCAACCAAGUUGUUGUUCAAGCUGCUUCUGGAGAUGUACAAACAUACCAGAUCCGCACAGCACCCACUAGCACCAUUGCCCCUGGAGUUGUUAUGGCUUCCUCCCCAGCACUUCCUACACAGCCUGCCGAAGAAGCAGCACGGAAGAGAGAGGUUCGUCUAAUGAAGAACAGGGAAGCAGCACGAGAGUGUCGUAGAAAGAAGAAGGAAUAUGUGAAAUGUUUAGAAAACAGAGUAGCAGUGCUUGAAAACCAAAACAAGACACUGAUUGAGGAGCUAAAAGCACUUAAGGACCUUUACUGCCACAAAUCAGAUUAAUUUGGGAUUUAAAUUUUCACCGUUAAGGUGGAAAAUGGACUGGAUUGGCCACAACCAGAAAGACAAAAUAAACAUUUUAUUUUCUAAACAUUUCUUUUUUUCUAUGCGCAAAACUGCCUGAAAGCAACUACAGAAUUUCAUUCAUUUGUGCUUUUGCAUUAAACUGUGAAUGUUCCAACACCUGCCUCCACUUCUCCCCUCAAGAAAUUUACAGCACCAAGAAUCAUGAAGAGACUUCUGCUUUUCAACCCCACCCUCCUCAAGAAGUAAUAAUUUGUUUACUUGUAAAUUGAUGGGGGAAAUGAGGAAAAGAAAACCUUUUUAAAAAUGAUUUCAAGGUUUGUGCUGAGCUCCUUGAUUGCCUUAGGGACAGAAUUACCCCAGCCUCUUGAGCUGAAGUAAUGUGUGGGCCGCAUGCAUAAAGUAAGUAAGGUGCAAUGAAGAAGUGUUGAUUGCCAAAUUGACAUGUUUUCCACAUUUCCAUUGUGAAUGCUGUAAAAUGGUUAAGAAAUAUCCUCUAAAAAGAAUUUUAGAAUGAUGUGGAAGAAGUUAAGAAUGGAUUUGGAGUACUUUCUGUGUGCAUUCUUUUCUGCAAUAUUGAAAACUUGUCCUUGGUUCUUAAAACAUUGUGUUACCUCCAGCUCUUCCACAGGGCAGUUGUUGCUUCUUGACUCAGUUCUGUGUGUGUUCAACAUUUUUGAAUACAUUAAAAGAAGUAACCAACUGAAUGAAAAAGAAUGGUAUUUGAAUUUUAAAUUAAUUCAAACUAAAUAAAAAUACAAAGCUUAUUUUAGUUAGCACUAAAUUCUUAGCAAAAAGAUGCUGAUUAGUAAACCAACCCCUUGAGUUACAUAAUAAGGUUUUUAAAUAAAUGUUUCUGUCCUCGCCUUCAAAAAUAUUUAUAUUGUCACUUGUUUACUUAAAAUCACAUUUCUAAUUUACUGUUGCCCUUUGCACUUACAUUAAACCACCAACAGGAAAGCCUUGAGAAUGUAAAAUAAAACAAAGUGGUAUAUUUGUUUAGAAAUGCUAUGUGUUAAAGAAAAAUACCAGUUUAAAAACCUUUCCAUAUUAACAUACUUCAACAGUAUCUCUACUGAGUUUUGUAAAAUCAAGGAACUUGGAAGGAUGUUGUUCUGAAAGUAGUGCUUGAUCGCACAAGGAAAGUACUAUUCUUACGACACAUUUGAAUGUCCACUAUCCCACAAUAUUUGGAUUGUCACUCUUGAAAAACAUUUUUUGUUUUGCUUGUUUUCAUCUGAAAAAGGUAGUUAAGCUUUAGCUUUCCAGUAUGUUGUCUAGCCUUUGUUGUUUUACAAAGGAGUUACCUAUUUUAACUCCUAGUGUAGUCUGUAUCUUGUGUGUAUUAUUUCCAAUAUUAUUUUUAAUUACUAAUUACUCAUUUAUUCACUAAGACUGGUAAACCUAGAAGUUAGUUACUCUUUUAUAGAAAAAUGAGACAGAGAUGGAUUUUAAAAAUUGGAACCUGACAUAAUUAAUGUUAGAUCAUAAUUUCUCACUUGAGAAGGAAAUUACUUAAAAAAAAAAAAACUUAGGAAAUUGUGUUUGCUCUUUAGUCAUGGGUUAUUUAAGAAAGCUGAGGUUUUUUUAAAAACAUAAAAUAUGAAGAUACAAGUGUUGAUUAUUGGAUCCAUUUUUAAAAAGUAAGAUUUUUUUUUAUAUCUGUAAAUGAUGUACUGUUGUUUAUAACAAAACAUUGUCUUUUUUCAAGGAUGAACAGAGUUUAUGAAGGAGCAUCAUUCUAAGAAUUGAGUGAUGUAAUCUUUGUAUUUGGACAAUUCACCAGAUUCUCAAGAAGGCUUUCAAACGACUAAAGUUUGAUGUUUGUCCUGCUGAGCUAUGGGGAAAGUUAUAGCAUAAAAAUUGUAAACCAACAUAGAUAUGUCAUUUUCUCAUAUUGGAGUAACAGAAACCAAGCAAAGUCACAAAUCUGUUCACAAACUGGAUUUCUUACUGAGUCAAAAGGUCACAUUGAACACUUUGAAUGUUAAAAGCAUUAUAAAUGAAAAAUUGCCUGAUAUCUAGCAAGCUGUAUUCUCUAAAGUUACCUGUUUUUCAAAAGUUGAAGCUUUCUGCUCAUUUAGGAACUUGCUGGUCCUCUUGGUCCCUGAUAAAUCAAGGCAGUCACAUAUUAGCAGGGUGGAUUUUUAAGUUAUAAAAACACCAGGUCCUUUAUACCUUGAGGAUGGCUGCACUGAUUUGAAAUUAAUUGACUUAAUGGUGAGGUGAGAAAUGAAAUGUAUUCUGUUGCUAAAUGUGUUUUAGACCCUUGGAGAGACUUGAAGAUUUCAGUUUAUACAGAUAGAAAUCAAGCAUCUUUUUGUGCAGGUUAUUUUUUUUUAAUACAAGAAUGGGGGGAGGGUUGUUUUUAAGCUUGAAACUUUUGAGAAUCUUUACUAAGAAAAUACAUAAUUAAAAAAAAAUCUUGUAGCCAAGAACAUAUGUGGCCAUGUUACCAGUAAUAAAUGUUUCUCUCUUCAUAUUGGCCAAAAGGGAAUGAAAAUGCCAUCAUAGGAAUCUGUAUAUAUGCUACUGAUUUGCCUAGAAAAUAGCAAGUUUGGUAGUGCUCACUUUGCAAAUAUAGGGCCAUAUGGCACUUUUAUCUAUAGGACAGAUUAACUCUAAUAAAAAUGAAAUGGGGAGGGGUUUAUUUUUGAUAUUACUCUUCUGAGUUUUCAAGCUUUGAUAGUGUUUAACUGAAAAGUGGUUUAGAAAGGGCUAGAUCCAAUGUGUUCACAUUUAAAAAAUCGAUAUCAGAUACAGUUUUUAAGUUCAUUCUUUAUCAAACUCAAGUACCAUAUUGGCAACCAUAAUGUCAUAGGUGCUCUAUUCAUUUAGAUAUUCUUGGGAUGGGGGUGGGGAAAUGGCAUUUGUAUAAUAUAUGUGUAAAUAUAUAUAUAUAUACAUACAGUAUAUAAUCUAAAGCUCUGAGAGCUCUUGCGUCAGGAAUGCUGAGUAUUAUAGUAUAUUGAGGUCAGAUGAAAUUUUACAUUUUUGUGUGUUCUAUUGCAUCCCUUCUGGUAGUUUCUAUGACUGCAUUACUCCAGCACUCAUGAUUGAUUUUUAUCUUCUAAUUUUCUUCCAAGUAUUUGUUUUUAAUUAAUUUUCUUUGGCUUGAUACUCUUAAGUGUGUUGGUAUUCACUUGAAAACUCCCCCCUCUCCCCUAAAAAAAAAUUCAAUUUUUAUGCUUUGUCUCUGGCAGCUAUAACAGUGGUAAGAACAUUUUGAAGACAGCUUUUUAAAGGAACCACUGGUUUUUUCAAAAGUCAUCCUGGGGGAGGAAUUACAGUGUCCCAUUUGAGCAGGGAUUUUAUCAGAAAGUGUGUUUGGUUGGUGGGUCAGCAGCAGUGCUAGUAUCUGGAAGCACAAUACCACUCUGGCAGGCUGUCCAAUCAGAAGUCAUCUGGCUAAAGUUUGUCUCUGUCUCAGGACUAAUCCUUACCAAAGGUCUUUUUGACUAUUUGGGGUGACGUGUGGAGUCAUACAAAGGCUUAGGAAGAAGCAAAUUAAUUUAAAACAGGAUGCUUUUACUUGAAAUGACUUCAAUCUAGAUUUCAUAUUCAGUAAGAUUUGAACUCUGAUCAGUUACAGUCAACUAAUAUAAAUUAUCUAUUUUGAAGAUCAAACACUGCUUCAUUUUGCUGGAUUAAAUCUAAUAUAUCUCAAAGUUAAGAUUUUGAAUUAAAGUGGGUUUUUGAAACAGUGGCUACAUAUCUUUUCAGUUAUUUGUUUUAUUGUCGUUGUAGCCCUGAGAACUGUUGGUAUAUUGUUGUUUCCCAAUUGACUUAACACAAAAGUUGUAUAUUUAUUGGAAUUAUAUUUACAUUAUAUUCUUUGUAAAUGUUUGAUGUAACUUGCACUUUUAAAAAUUACCCAGCUUGGGUAUUAGCAACUUAUUAUCAAUUAAUUAUCAGUUAACUUUUUUGUCUUUUUCUCCUGUCUUCAAAUCAUGCAACUUUUAAAAGGAAACUUUACAUUGAUUAAACUAUUCUAGCAUCUAAAAGCUAGCCUUAAAAAUAGCUGUAAAAGAAAAAUACAUUACUCUUUUUUAUAAUAGAUAAAGAUUGAAGGAAAAAUAACAAGAAAAUAACAUUUUCUUUAAUUUUAAAUGGUAGUUAUCUUCACCUCAACAUUAAUACUGCCUGUGGUAUGCCCAAAAAUCGUUAAUUACCCAAAAUAGUAAAGGAAUUUUAAAGCAAUUAAAUAUUUUCAUGAAGACCACAUUAGUAAUCAUUUUACUGAAUUAUUUUCAUUUGAAAUUGGCUUUGUUAACAUCAAAGAUACUGCCUAAAUUUUGACUAAUUUCAGAUGAGGAGGGGAAAGUGAAGUGUGGGUAGUAAACCUAUCGAUGAUGAGUUGUGGGAUAAAUUUGUUCAGUUGUACAAAGCACAACUAGAAUUUUUGUUGGGUGGCUUACAUACAGCUUAAAUACUUUUAAUGUUAAUAAUGUUGACUUUUAAGUUGACUACAUAGUCACUGUAUGUGCUAGGAACUGGUUUCCUUGACUUUCUAAAAUCAAUGGCCAGGAGAGGCAUUAAUCCUUGAGGGGUUGAAUUUAUCAUGAAGCUGAGUCAGAAUGGAAGAAUUUCAAAUAAAUCAAACAGGGUGCUGAAGUUCCAUCUGUCUCAUUUGCCAUGGUAAGUUCUUACUGAUCAGUGAAUGUAGCUUAAGCCUUUGUAUGGGUCCUCAGGGGGCAGACAGACUUUAAGAGGGACCAGAUUACAUUUGAAUGGAGGGAUUAUAUUUCAGGUGUUUUAGCUUGAAAUUUAUUUUUUAAAAAAAAUAAAAACUAAAAAAAUACAUAGAACAAAGCCUGUGAAGCAAGUUAUUAUGAACAGGCAGAAUUGUUUCGCACAGAGAAAAUACUGACCUGCCUGCAUUCCGGUGCAGUGAGUGCAGGCCUCAGCUGAGUACGACAAGAGUUUUCGUUAUUCUCACCAGCAAGUAGAGAAAAUGAACAAUCUGGAGGCAGCGUCUUUGAAAAGGGCCAAACAGUAGGGAACUGAAGUGCGGCCUACUUGACACAGGCAUUACGUACUACUUGCCUAUGGAAACGUGGCAUUUCCAAGUUCUGUCUGAGGAGCAUCUCGAGAGAUUUGAGAGUAAAUCUGAGAUUGUUUAAAAUUGGUAGGGAAGGAAGAAAAAUCCCUGCAGAUAAUGAUCUUAGGUUAUUGGCAAGUGAAAUGACCUUUCGUGUUUGGGAGGAUUUGUUUUCUUAUGUUUUAAAAAACAGAACUGGUUAAUGCUUUAUAGACAUUUUUAUCCAGGUGCCACUCCAAUUUGUGUAUGUAAUGAAAUUAUUUAUAUUAAAAGUGGGAAAUGAUUUGUCAGCAUUUUUCUGUGAGUAUAUAUGGGGUGGCAAAGAAGAGUGCUUGCUAGCAGCUCUCCACGUGACGUCGUCUGUGACGCAUCUGUCCGUACAUCAGUUCUGACCUCUCCCCCCAGCCCCCGCCCCUGCAGGAGGAAUGAGCUCUAACCCAGAUGUACCACUUGAAACUUUUUAGAGACAAAAUAUAAUCAGGGAAGUUCCUAGAAAGGUGUUUUUGCUUUUUGGUUUUUUCUUUGAGGAUUGGGGUAAAGAAUACCUCCCCCUAAACUAUCAGCACAAAACAGGGUAUUGAUUUUUAACUCUGAUGUUUCUAUUGGAGUUGAAUACUAAAUACAUAACUAGUGAGGGGAAUACAUUUCUAAUAAAAUUCCCUACAUUCUAAAAACAUCCCUGUUUUAAUUUUUUUACCUAAAUCUUGUGCUUUAUGUGUAAAGAAAAAAUGUACUGAGUUACAAUGCAUUUUAUUAACACUAUGUACAUAUUAGCUGCUUUGUGUUCAGAAUGGUAGCAAUUGCUUUGUAUAUUAAAGUGAUCCUUGUGAAUUUGUGAAAUAUUGUCAUAAAGUGCUUUUUCUUACUGUAAUCUUUGUGGUAUCAACUGUCAUGCCCUUUUUACACAAACAUUUAUGUGCAGUCACAUAAACAUGCUUUUAAAAACUCUGUAAGUCUCUUUUUUGGGGGAAGGGAUCUCCUUGUAUUUUAGUUUUUCAUUUGUGUUGUCAUAUUUUCUUGGAUUUAGGUUUAUCUUGUUAAAUGAGCAAAGGUUAUAAGAUUAUGCUACAGUAUAUCACGAGCUUAUGUUGUACAUGUGCAGCAACAGAAAACUAAUUCAAACAACAAGAAUCUGAAUCUUCAGUUAGAUUUUACUGCAUUCCUAAGUUUUAACGUAAGACUUCUUUUACAUUAAGAUUCGACAGUGCCCAUGUAAGGAUUUGGAGGUACUGCCCUGUUUAGAUAACUAAUGGAAACACAUGACUGGCUGUCUCUGAUGUCAUAAAAUGCAUUUUGCAUUGAAAGGACAAUAAAAACAUAACUUCUCGGGUUCUCUUAGAAUUCUGAAAUUAUGUGUUCAUAUAAAACAGAAGGGAAAAGGAAGGGAUGUGGUUAAUCUUUGUUAAAUUGGGUGUAAGAAUUAAAGAUUCCUUCCUAUG